UUUUGGUUUCUGCUUUUGGUUUCUGCUUUUGGUUUUUGGUUUUGGCUUUUCUGGCGUUUGACUAUAGAGGAUGAAUGUUUUGGUUUCUGCUUUUGGUUUCUGCUUUUGGGUUUUGGGUUUUUGCCUUUUCUGGCGUUUGACUAUAGAGGUUGGGAUUUUGCGUUUUGUUUGUGUCUUUUGGCUUGUGGAUUUUGGGUAUAG